AUGCUACCUUCCACUAUCCUCUUAUUUAUACUGCCUCUUCUGGCACAAGCUGCUCCUCGAGGAGAAGACACGAUCAAGGAGCGAGCUCUCGUUGCUAAAGCCACGUUUUCCAGCUCGAGUGUUCCCGCAAAAUCAAGCUCAUCUAUUCCUGCGAAAUCGAGCUCAACUGUUCUUGCAAAAUCAAGCUCAUUGCUUGCUAAACCAUCCACUUCAACCGUUAAUAAGCAAUCAAGCUCAACUAACCCAACAAAGUCAAGCUCAAUCGUACCUGCGAAAUCCAGCUCGACUACAACUAAGCAAUCAAACGCAGCUACUUCUACGACAUCAAGUCCAAAUUCAACGAUCGCGGCGGAUUGCAGCUGUGGAUACGUUCUCUCAAAAUACAAUAACGCUUAUUUCCCAAAAGCUCUUAGAGUCUCUUUCGACACUGUCAAAAGUAUUGCGGAUCUAAACAAAGCCGGAUUUGAAGUCAAUACGGGCUGGGGUAUCGGCACAGCCGCUGAUGAUGGAGGACACGCCAUUGGAAGUACGAACAAUGUGGGGUUCAGUAAUGGAGCGAUGACCUUGAAAGUACCUGGGGGACAGAAGAAGGGCAAAGCAAUCACAGGAGCGGAAAUUAACUUUGCGAAUUCAGUAGGAGGUGGUGUCUUCACUAUGAAUGCUCAAUUAAGUGCUGUAGAAGGUACUUGUCAAUCUAUUUUCACCUAUACUAGCGAUUCCUCAAAAUAUGGGGAUGAACAGGACGUCGAAAUCCUCUCCACCAGCAUCCUUACAUCAACUAAUGGAGUUCCGCCUGGAGUACAGCUUACAAACUAUGAUCCUGCCAACACGGGUAACAACGACGCUGUUAUCGAUCCUUUCCCCAAUAAUCCCACCACUGGAUAUAAUGAUUAUACGAUCGGGUGGCUUAAAGGCGGUACAAAGUACUUUUAUAACGCGAAAGUCUUAAAUAGCCCCACGAAGUACUCGAGUAUCCACAACAGUUUGGUGUUGAUCAACAAUUGGUCCUCGGGUGAUGAGUCGUUCACCGCUGGUCCCCCAGUCAAGGAUAAUAUCCUUCAAGUUAAAAGCGUCACGUUCUACUACCAAACUCAGAAUCUGGACGCUUACCCCGCACUCCCGUCUGGGUGCACUCAAGCCAAAGCUUGUAUCGUAUAA